AUGGAACAUUCUUAUGUUGUGCACUGCUUGCAGGAUAAAAAUGUUGCCAUUCCACAGGCAAACAAGCCUUACUCUGCUGACAUUUUGCCAUAUCUAAUGAAAGGACACUACUCCAAUGGGCCAAAGUCGGUUGGCAUAAAGUUUUUGGAUCGCUUCAAGGAGAUUGCAAGCAACAAAGCCCAGCGGCCCGAGGUAACAAUUCCGAUGGUUGCAUUGACUACUACUUCGGUGUAUGCUGCGCUAGUCUGGAAGUCCAGUGGAUCUCCAUCCAAGUUCAAUUUCACUGUUAACUUGUUCAGCAAGGUCUACUUGUUCCAUGUGAAAUUUCUCGAGAAGUUGAGGUGGGAUGUGUCAGGCAAGUUUCACAGGCUGAUGGCCAAUAUUUUCGAGGCUAUCCGCAACCUCCUCACAAAUGGCAACAGUGAUAUAGGAUCACACAACAAUGCGAUGGCUAUUCUUGGUCUUGCCGGCAUGGACGACGACUCUGAGUAG